GAGUAUCAGCCACAAGGACUCAAAAAGGCAGGAAUUUAGCAGCCAGGCAGCCUCCAUCGAUCAAGCAGGGUCUGAGGCGUCGUCUGCUGCGGGGUGAGUCAGCCAGCAGCAACCAGUCAGCAGAAACGUUGCCAGAUUGUCGUACUCCUCCUCUUCUGUUUACCGAUUUCCGACCCCCAAAACUGCUAUCAUCACCCAAACAAAUACCGUCAUAUAUGGUUAUCGUUUAAAUGGUUAAUUACUGGUGCUUCCUGGUCACAGUUAUGGGCCAGAAAGUGGGAAAUACACGGCUCUGAGUACGAUAAUCUGGCAACCUCAGCAGUAGCCCCGCCUGCCUCACCACCACCAGCACCACCAGUCACCUCCACACCACCAUCACCUCCACCACUCACCACCGCCGCCAUGGAGUUCAGAUUUGACGUUAAGCAUCUCCUCCACGACGAGAUAACGAAGGUGGACAACAACCUCAUCAUCGGCAACUGGCAGAGCUCGACAAGGAAUAGAGUGGAGUACCAGCAGCUGUACCAGAUCAUCAAUGCCAUCGGGGAGGCGUCAUCCUUCUCGCAGGGCCUCAACAAUGUCAUCACCAACGCAGAGAAGCUCCACAACUCAGACCACCUCCUCUAUCUCAUGAAGGAAGAUGAUGAGGCUUCGGGCGUGACACUGGUGGUUGGUAUGCUGAAGGUGGGUCGCAAGAAGCUGUUCCUCCUUGACAUCAAUCAGCGGACCAAGGAAACUGCUCCCCUCUGCGUCCUGGACUUCUACAUCCACGAGUCUCGCCAGCGCAGGGGAUAUGGCAAGAGGCUCUUUGACUACAUGUUGAGGGACCAGAAUGUGACGCCGGAGUUCAUGGCGGUGGACAAGCCUUCGGACAAGUUCCUGGGGUUCCUGCACAAGCACUACAACCUCUACAAGCAGGUGCCGCAGAUCAACAACUUCGUGGUCUUCGAGUCGUUCUUCACGGACAGGCCCAUCGGGUCUGAGGAGGCCAAGCUUACCCAGGUUACCCGCAGCCCCCGCGCAAACUCCCCCGAGCGCAAUGGUUCCCCCGGUGGCUCGCGGCGCUCUUCAACCUCCUCACACUCAGCUGGUCUGCCAUCAACCUCCAGGGAGACAAACAGCAUGGCUGACAUUCUCCAUGGCCGCCCCGAUCGCCACAUGGCAGCUGUCCGACUCUGCCCUCGCUACCAGAACACCCUUGAGAUGCGCGGACCAACAUCGGGCAGUGACACUCCCUACUCUCAUAACUCCUACUCCGCCUCCCGCACCCCCUCCAACGCCGGCUCCCCCCUGCGCACCCCCUGGGGAGGCUCACCCCCCCGGACGCCCCACACACCUCAUACCCCUCCCACCACCACACAGCCCGCCAGCCGCAAGAAGAGUGCCGACCUUGUUGAUGGACAGAGUCUUGAGGGUUCCAUAGCCCCCACACCGGCCACGUCCCCAGACCACUCGCCCGCCAAGGAGGCCCGGGAGGAGGGCGAGGGACGGGAGGAGGCGGUUCAGCAGCAGCCUGGCGAGGAGGAUGGAAUGGUGGUGGCAAUGGAGAAGAUGUCCGUCUCUGCCACCCCACAGUCGCCAGCCCGGGGCCCCGAGCUGUGCGGACUGAUGGCUAUGUGCAAGAACAAUCAGUGGCGGGACAGUGUGUCCCGGUCCUCGGCAGCCCUUCAGGACCGCAUGUCCUCCGGCACUGGCUCCACCAUGUCUGGCGUCCUGCAUGAGAAUGACUCUGUUCACGGACACUUGAAAUUCCACCACCAUGCCCUGUGGUAAGGCGACUCGAGAUCCUUGUUCACACAGCUGAGGAGAGGGAUGGGCGGCUGCCUCACUCGGAGAAGGACGAGGAUGCCAGAGGGGAUAUACGCCGCUCCAGUGUGUCACAAAAACAGUGUUCCGUCGCGUAGCAGCAGCUUUGACGUGACUGCCUCGGCUCGUGCCCUCCCUCACCGUGUCCCCUUAGGCUAUGGUAGGACACAGGCUCUCUUUGCUUUCAUCUACGGGGCAUGAAGAAUACAAUUACUUCUUUUUAUCAUGUUAUAAUUACUGAAAAAUUGAGUCACGUCUGCCCAUGUCACACUAGAUGCCCUCACCCUGCCCCCUUAGGCUCUCUCUGCUUUCAUCUACAGGGCAUGAAGAAUACAAUUACUUUUUUUUAUCAUGUUAUAAUUACUGAAAAAUUGAGUCACACGUCUGCCCAUGUCACACUAGAUGCCCUCACCCUGCCCCCUUAGGCUCUCUGCUUUCAUCUACAGGGCAUGAAGAAUACAAUUACUUUUUUUUAUCAUGUUAUAAUUACUGAAAAAUUGAGUGACUCGUCUGCCCACUCAUGCCGUCACGCUAAUAGGUGGGUUCGAGGCCCAGACACGAAGCUGCUGCGGCCGGUGAAUAUUGUUUUUGCCACGCUGGAGUGGCCCCGGACGUACCACCAGCCGAGGACCGACGCAGCUAAUCUCACGUUUUGCUACUUCUAUCAUUCCUGCCAAUAUUAGUGUGCACUACAAUACUUAGAGACAUUUUUAUGAGGUACUACAACUAGCUCAAAAGAGUUUUACAAGACUUGAGAUCACUGGAGUGCUGUGGGGGUGAACUCUCGGGUUGUGACUUCUAGGCUAACUGAUAUUGUAGUGUUGCUAUAGUGGGCGGCAAGAAGCUUUAGAGGAACCCUGCUGGUUGUGAGUCUGAGGAGAGCUGUUGGCCAGGUGCUGUGAAGGACCUGGCCACCAGCGCACUAGAGGAGUCUUGGCUCAGUUAACCAUAAAUGCAAAUACUUGUCACUUUAUGGAGGGCCUGACACCACCUGGCCAGUUAUGAGAGUGACUCCCUGCUGUGAACUGGCUCUUAGAAAUAAUUUAAAAAGUAGGAGAUAAGGAGUUAGAUCUGAGUUAACCGUGGAAACAGUUAUCAAUUAUUAAUGGUUAAGCCUACUAGGAUAUAUACCCUUACAGAAAAGUACUUGCUAUUUUGAAGUGCAGCUUUCAGAAGUAAUGAAAAAGUGAGUCCUAGGAAGGGUAGAUCUGGAAACACUUACCAACUAAGCCUGCUAGUAUAUAGACUCAUACAGGAAAGUACUUUUUAUUGUGAAGUGCAGCUUUCAUGAGUAAUUAAAGAUUAAGUCAUAGGAAGGUUAGAUCUUGACAACAGUGGAAGCCUUGCAAACAUUCUUGUGCAUGAAGCUGAGCUGACCACGGCAAGACAGAACCACAGCACAGUUUCUGUUGGUCAGCAGUGAUGCACACACACGGAGAUAUUACCCUUGAGCUCCGUGGCAGCCCAGCCCAUCGUGGUUUACAGUACGUAGUGACGUUAAUGGUUUACAGCUUUACCUCCUAUUUAUUGACCUCUCCAUUACUGUUCUGUAUGUAUUAUUUCCUUUGAUAUAAAGCAAAGUUAUAUAUUUUAGUGCUAAGGUAAAUACUACUGUGGCUUAUUCUGGAGUUGAGUGUGUAGGUUGUGUUGUAGUGAGGAGCUCCAAGUGUUGAGUUGACAGAGUUGUGCUCAAGUAACACUUUGAUGCAUUGGCCCAGCAAGGCUGUCACUGGCCAGCCCAGCAAGGCUGUCACUGGCCGGCCCAGCAAGGCUGUCACUGGCCGGCCCAGCAAGGCUGUCACAAACAGUGGCCAGCCCAAGGAAUGGCUUCAUCAUGUCCACCUUGGUGGCACCAACACCCCUAAACCAUUUGGUAUGUUCUGAUAUCUUGAAAAUUUCCACCGGGCAUGAAGAAUGCCAGCAAAUACCCAUUUUUUCAUGAAUACAGUUAAUAAAAAAUGAAUGAGGCAGCUGCCCAUUUUGAGCUGUCAGAAUAAAGAGGUUUGAGGUGAAGGGAUGAAGCUGUCAGUGCAUGGCAAACACUGUUUAUGACAGUCACUGAGACAGGCUGUAAUGUUGGCGGGUGUCUCCGCCACCACAGCGCUGUGCAGGCCGUGUGUCACUGUCUGGCGGGCAGCUCAAGGUCUUGACUCUCAUGCUGGAGUGUGCCCCGCGUGGUGUGUUGUCCUGGCCUCCAGGACAACCGCUGGGGGAUCCUUGCGUGCCUCUGUGCACCCGUUGUGUACCUGCCUCGCCUCUGAUGACUUAUCUUGAACCUUCCUCCCUCACCUCACCUUUGCAUCACCUCGCUGCCUCUCUCUCGGGCAGCUUUCUUAUUGCAGCUCCUCCCAUGAUAGAGUUGUCAUUAACUUUUGCUUAGUACACCAGGAGUUGUCUUAUCUCCACUGCCCAAGCCAGCUCAGGACGGGCCAUUGUAUCCACUCACCUCACAAUGAAGAAAAAGCAGUGCUCUCUUGAGGGAGGGCUGAAAUGAAUCUCAAAAUAUGAAUUCCAUAAAAUGAUAAGUAUUUGUGUGUGAGUUUGCCGUGAAUAAUACGAGCCAUGAUGUAAAAUUGAAGUCAUGGCUGAGGAAAAGUUUGCACAGUUAUGGUUGACUGAAGCGACUCACUAAGCUUAUCGCUACAUAGAAGAGGUUGAUCACUUUUUUUACCAUUGAUUGUGAGUCAAAACCUUUUUUCUUUUGGCCUUUUUUGAAUCUUUUUAUUAUUCCAUUGACUCAAGGAUCUCUGCCAAAGACGACAUUUUUAUUACCUAACGCUUGAUGGUUAGUUAUCCCUAUUCACCCUGAGGACUAAGAAUAAUAAUAAUAAUGACUUGACUGCCACUCGUAAACCGGGGCAGUGACGGGACGGAUUUUAUCUUGGGGAUGAGAGUUGACGAGUAGCUGUGUAUUACGUAUUAUUGUUUAUUUUUUCUGUUCUCUGCUGGGGGUCGGAGAGGGGGAGGGACUGCAGGAAAAAGUUGCAUCGUUAGUCCGAGUCCCACUGAUGUGCAAGGCCUGGUCGUCCGCGGUUGUUAAGGAGGGAAAAAGUACGUUUGAAAAAUAAUGUGAAAAAGUACGCUCGAAAAAUACGUAACAGGAAAAAGUACGUCAAAAAAAUACGAAAAACAUAAAAAAAUAUUAGGAAUAAGUAGGCUUAAAAAUGAUAGGAGAAAGUACGUUAGAAAAAUAAUAGGAAAAAGUAUGUAAGAAAAUUAAUAGGGAAGAAAAUAAUAGAGUAAUGGGGGACUGCAGGAAAAGGUUGUUAGUCCAAGUCCCAGUGAUUAGAAAAUACCAAUCCUCCGAGGUUGUGAAGGAAGGAAAAAGUAUAUUAGAAAAAUGAUUGGAAAAAAACGAAACAUUGUCGCCUAAUUUCAGAAGUCCAUGAACUUUAAU